UCGACUAAUGGAGUCAUAUGACUUAAAUGUGAGGUACUUGCAAUCGCUGUUUUUCGCCAAAUGAAUACACUUUCAUUCUUUCAAAGAUGUCUUUCCUCUUCAUAUCGGAGGAAAUGACAUUGGCCCAACUUUUUCUUCAAGCUGAGGCAGCUUAUUCUUGUGUCAGCGAGCUCGGAGAGCUGGAUCUUGUGCAAUUUCGUGAUCUGAAUCCAGGCGUGAAUGCCUUUCAGCGCAAAUUUGUAAAAGAAGUUAGACGAUGCGAGGAGAUGGAGAGAAAAUUAAGGUUUCUAGACAAGGAAAUUGAGAAGGCUGAUAUUUAUGUUAACAGCACUAGCUCAGUUCCAUUAAUUAUAUUCCCAGGUGGUUUUGUCUUUUAGGCUGAGUUUGAGCAGCUUGAAAGUGAAAUGAAAGACAUUAAUAUGAAUUAUGAAGCACUCAUGACAAGAGUUUUGGAGCUGAAUGAACUCAAACAUAUCCUGAGCAAGACAAAUAUUUUCUUUGAGGAGGCGGAACUACUUGUACAUAUACAUGAGCAUAAUCAGCAACAGAUCUAUGAGCCACCAGGAGCUGAUGAUAUGGAGCUGCAGCUCUUAGGAGAUGAGCCAAGACUAGGAUUUGUGACAGGAGUGAUCAUUCGUGAACGAGUGCCUUCAUUUGAGCGUCUUCUGUGGCGUGCCUGUCGUGGUAAUGUGUUCUUUAAGCAGGCAGAGAUUGAGACUCCACUUGAAGACCCAAGUACCGGUGACCACGUCAAUAAGUGUGUCUUCAUUAUUUUCUUUCAAGGCGAUCAGCUCAAAAGCAUAGUAAUGAAGAUUUGUGAGAGAUAUCGGGCUGUACUUUAUCCCUGUCCAGACACUGCUGCAGAAAGGCAGGAAAUGGCCAUUGGAGUAAAUACAAGGAUUGAGAAUAUUCAAACAGUAUUGAACGAGACAUGUGACCAUCGUCAGCAGUUGUUGGUGACUGUAGCCAAGAACAUUAAACAGUGGUUCAUAAAGGUAAAAAAGAUCAAGGCCAUUUAUCACACCAUGAACAUGUUCAACCUGGAUGUGACUCAGAAAUGUCUUAUUGCUGAGUGUUGGUGUCCAGUUAGUGACUUGGAUAAGGUUCAGCAGGCACUGCGGCAUGGCACAGAGCGCAGUGGUGCUGCUAUACCAUCCAUUCUGAAUCGCAUGUCAGCCCAUCAAGAGCCACCAACCUUUAACAGGACGAACAAGUUUACUCAGGGGUUUCAAGCCAUUGUGGAUGCCUAUGGAGUGGCCAAAUACCAAGAAGUUAAUCCAGCUCUGUUUACCAUCAUCACUUUUCCAUUCCUGUUUGCGGUCAUGUUUGGUGACUGUGGUCAUGGGUUAAUCAUGUUUCUGUUUGCAUUGUGGUUGGUGCUUAAAGAAAAGAAACUGGAGAAUUACAAAGGAGGAGAGAUGUUUGAGACCGUAUUUGCUGGCCGCUAUAUAAUUCUGUUGAUGGGACUGUUUUCAAUCUAUACUGGCCUUAUAUACAAUGACUGCUUUUCAAAGUCAUUCAACAUCUUUGGCACUGCAUGGGAUCUUAGUGUAGAUUGGGAUGGCAUCAGGUAUGUUCAAAUUUAUAAAUAAUUUACCACAUUUUCUUCAUUUACCACCC